AUGCGUAAAAUUCUCCCCAUACUCAUAAAAUGCAUAUUUAUGGCUUAUCUUUUCAUUUGUUAUAAAAGUGUAAAAAAAAGAAAACGAAACAAAAUUGUUCUUUAUAUUAUCUCGAAGAAGGAUUUUUUCAGUUAUCAAAAUGGCAACCUUGGGCUAGGGGAAAAAAGAAAAUAUCAGCAUGUUUAUAGAAAAAUAAAAAAUUUGUUCUUUAAUAAUUUGACAGACUUUUCUCAUCAUGGAAGGAAUGAUAAUAUAUUUUUGAACUCUCCUUCACAAUGGACUAUAGAAAAUGCAGGAGGAAAUCAUGAUAAGAACAAUAAUUGUCAAUCCUGUGGCAACGUUCAGGUCCAAAUGAUUCAUCGGGCUCAUGACUCUGUUAAUGGAAUUAUCCCUAUGAGGGAAGAGGAGGAGGAGGAGGAAUAUCUGAAAAAAAUACUUAGCGAAGGAGAAACUAUUUAUGCACUUAGUUCUGGAAGAGAUGUCAGCGCGAUAGCAGUAAUCAGAAUGUCAGGUCCUCUGAGCAGAAUAAUUUUAGAGGUUCUCUUAUGGAAGGGCGACAUAAAUUUGUGUGACGAGGGAGACAUAAAUUUAGAUGAGCACCGAAAGACAGAAAAGAAUAGAGGAACCUGCACAUCAUACACCCUGUCAGAAGAAAGCGAAGCAAAUAAAAAAAGGGAGAGAAAAAAAAAAAAAAAAAAAAAAAAAAAAACAGAAUAUAGCUUAAGUGAAGUCAUAAAGGUAAGGAAAAAUUUCGAGGAAAGGAAAUUAUAUAACGGGGAGUUAUACAACAGUUGUAACGAAUUGAUUGACAAGAUUAUGUAUACAUUUUUUAAAGGUCCCAAAUCAUACACAGGUGAAGAUGUUGUGGAAAUUUAUUGCCAUGGGUCACCUCUAAUAGUUAAUGAAAUUAUGAAAGAAAUUGAGAAUUUAAAUGAGCUUUUUAACAAUAUAGUAAAAAAAGAAAAAGAAAAAUGUUACUCUGAAAUGAAUAAGAAGGAAAAAUUUGCCUGCACACGUUCAGAAGAAAUUUUUGACCAAUUGCAUGAUAGAAAUAAUUUUUUUAAAAUAAGAAUGAGUAAGAAAGGAGAAUUUACAAGACGAGCCUUUCUAAAUAAUAAAAUGAAUUUAUUACAAAUAGAAGGACUAAAAGAAUUACUUUUGUGCAAAAAAAAAACACAAAAAAAAAUUGCAUUGAAUUAUUUAAAUGGAUAUGCAAAGAAUGUUUACUUGACACUACGAAAUAAUAUAAGGAAACUUUUAUUAUAUACACAAGUGAAGAUUGAUUUGGAAGAUGAACAUAUAACGUCAAAGGAGGAAAGAACUGAUAUCAACAGAUUUAUCAAAGAAAAUGUAAAUCAAUCAAUUUCAAAUAUUAAGACAAUUCUAAAGAAACCAAAUGUUGAAGAUAUAGACAACCCUGUGAAUAUUCUUCUCUUUGGGCAUGUAAAUUCUGGGAAAAGUACUCUUAUGAAUUACAUUUGUGGUACGGAUGUUUCCAUUGUAACAAAAAUUAGAGGAAGUACUAUCGACGUUGUGCAGAAGACCGUGAACGUGGAGGGCAAUGCCUACAAUUUCUGCGAUUCAGCGGGGAUGCUCACAAGUGGGAUCGGAAGUGGGAUCGGAAGUGGGGUCGGAAGUGGGGUCGGAAGUGGGGUCGGAAGUGGGGUCGGAAGUGGGGUCGGAAGUGGGGUCGGAAGUGGGGUCGGAAGUGGGGUCGGAAGUGAUAUAGGACGUGACAUCAGAAGUGAUAUAGGACGUGAUAUAGGACGUGAUAUUAGACGUGGUGAGAGAGGGCAGAAAAUGGAGGAGCGUGACCCCGGGGGACGCGAAGGAAAACGAAAUUCAAAGCAUCAUAAAAACACACAUAAAAAAUUGGAACGAAUUGGCAUAAAAAAAACCCUCAAAUAUUUGAAGAAAUGCAAAUGUGUGUUAAUCAUCCUGAAUAUAAGAAAAUACCAAGACGAAUUGCGAAGUGUUAUCUCCAUUUUGAAUAAAACAAUGCGAGAAAAAAAACAUCACAAGAGGAAGCAAAAGACAGAACCUCAUUUUAUCGUAUGCAUUAACAAGUGCGAUCUAACCUCUGAUUAUACAUAUCCAAAAAUAAGUAGUAAAAUUAGGAAGAUACUUUACAUGAAUAUGAAAGAAGAACCCAGUUUGAGAAAGAUUCAUGAAAAUAUUUGUCCAAAAUAUUUUUUCAUAUCAUCUAAGGAAGGACAUAACAUUGAUAAUCUUUUGAGAUAUGUUAACAAAGUGGUGCUGACAUCACAUGGGGGAGAAAAUCCAGUGGAAAAUGCAAAAUGCAGAAAUGAACGUGGAAUUUAUGAUGAGAAUCAGUGCGAAGGAGGAGAAAAUACCUAUUCUCAGUUUUUUCCAUUUGAACGACAUAAGACAUAUUUGAAGCGGGCACUGAAACAUUUGCUUUAUAUAAAAAAGAAUAGACGUCUCUUAACUUUUGACAUUAUUGCGGAGGAAAUAAAACUAGCUGUAAAAUCGCUCAAUGGUAUCAUUGGUGGGUUCAACAAGACUCAAAUUUUAAACGAAAUUUUGGAUUCUUUUUGCGUGGGGAAAUAG